UAUUUUCGGUACUGAACACAGUACCGAAUUUGUUUUAUUAUCAUCUAGGAAGCAUUUAGGUAGGUACAUCGGUAACUUCUUUAUAAGCCGAAAGACGUCCACUGCUGGACAAAGGCCUCCCCCAAGGAUUUCCACAAAGACCGUUCCUGCGCCGCUCGCAUCCAGGCACGGAAGACGUAGCGUGGGCAGGCCAGGCCUCUCACUAGGUGGACCGAUUGGAACAGGAGCAAUGAACUCCGAGCAAUAUCUGUACGACUUCACGAAGACAGAUGGGGUCGACAUGUGGGUAGAGCAGUCAGAUACAGUACGAGACGUAGGGAUGUCUAAGGCGGUGUUGGUGAUACACCAAAAUAUAGGAUUCCGGAGAGCUAUAUUCUUCGCUUUACUUAAUCCUCAACCGAACGGAGCUGGAUUUGCUGGAAUUCGGGUUCUUCGGAGAUAUGAUCUUACGGGUCACACGAUGCUUCAGAUACAAUGCAGAAGUCAAGGACAGUAUAACGGCUUCAAAAUUGUUAUGAGACACAGAGGAUUAAAUGAUGAGCCAAACUACUCAUUUGAACAAAUAUUCCAGGCACCCAAAGAUGAAUUUGCUGUGCGCGAACUGCUUUUCUCGGAUUUCAAAGCUUACUACAGAGGGAAAAGAGUAGGAAAUGAAACUUUGGACAUAUCGCAAGUGUCUAGUAUUGGUUUUCAAGUUUAUGGCGGAGUUUAUCAACCAGUGAAACAAAAAGGACCAGCCACAUUGGAAAUAGAUUGGAUAAAAGCAGUUUAAAAAUUAUAUUAAUUGAUAACAUCAUGUUUUCUAUAGCUAUUGUUGAUAUGAUUGUAUACCUACGUAUUACGGCUGAAUGGAGGGUAUGUAAAGGAUUUGUUUUGUCCAACUCAAAGACAAUUGGGCAAAGAGUAAAGAGUGUGUGUUGUAGAGGUAUCUAAGGAAAACAAAUGAAUUUUUAUCAACGUUUUAUUAUCUAGAAUAGUUAUUGCUAGAUAACCUAAAAAAACAGUAUACACACAAAUCCCUUAAAAUAAAAUGUUUUCCAGUA